AUGCUCUCCGUCCAGGCACCCGUCGCCCCUUCGACGCUGCUCAAGCACGACGUUGUCGAACCCGCCAUCAACACUGCCACCCCUAGCACCUCUUCGCAGAAGGAAAACGUCGAACUCGAUGCUUGGCACCGUGACCUGCUUCGCGAUGGCUACUGCGUUGUCAAAGGAGCGAUCCCGCAGGAGCGAGCUCUGCAGUACGCCGACAAGAUGCACGGAUGGCUCGAGGGAUUCAACCUCGGCUACGACCGAAACGACCUCAGCACCGUUCACAAGGACAAACUUCCGCUCAUCACCGAGAAGGGCAUGUGCCUCAACUACGCCGUCACGCACGAGGACUUUGUUUGGAAGAUCCGCUCCGAGCCCGGUGUUGUAGGCGCCUUUUCCAAGUUCCUUGGCACCGAGGAUCUCAUCGUGAGCUUCGAUGCGGUGAAUUUUGGGUUCCCAAACCGUAAGGACCUGGCACCCAACAAGCCUUGGCCUCACCAGGACCAGGACCCGCUCAAGCCGGGCUUCCGCUGCCUGCAGGGUCUCGUCAACCUCCUGCCCAACGGACCCGACGACGGUGGACUGAUCGUUUGCAAGGGCUCGCAUGAGCUCUCGACGCAGUUCCACGAGGAGAUGGCUUGGGAGGAGAAGAUCCCUGCGUGGACCAACGAGUGGUACGGCUUCACUGACAAGGGCAUGCAGUGGCUCAAGGACCACGGAUGCGAAUGGGUCAAGGUUUGCGCCGAGCCAGGCGACCUUCUGUUGUGGGAUUCUCGUACCGCGCACUACAACCUUUCGAGCAAGACAAAGCAGCCUCGAUUCUGCGUAUACACGUGCUUCAUGCCGGUGGCUGAUGCGUCGCAGGAGGACCUGAAGCGAAAGAAGGAUGCCUUCGAGCGUCGCGUCGGCACCACCCACUGGCCCAACGCUCGCCACACUGGAUCGAAUGUUGCGAAGCGUGACGGUGUCGACGACCCUCACAACCGUGAUCGCCCCGUCGAGGAGCCCCAGCUCGACGAGCGCGCCUUCCGCUUGACGGGCAUUCCUUACAUCAAGGAUGAGUAA